GUUGAUGUGCCUGCUGGUGGCCGCAAGUGUGGCUCUCCCAGGCGGCUACCAACACCCUUCAUACAAUGUGCCCACCCCCUACACCUUCAACUGUGGAGUCACCGCCGGCAACAACUUCGGCCAACACGAGAGUGGUGACGGACGCAACGUCAGGGGCAAGUACUAUGUGCACCUUCCCGACGGCCGAGUACAGACGGUGGGUUACCGGGCCGACGGCAGCGGCUUCCAUUCUACUGUGAACUACCAGGGCACCGCCAGUCAUCCCGGCAGUGGUUAUGGCUACCACUAACACCAACCAUCGCCAAGCCUGGUCCUUUAGGUUAAACUCAUGAUUACUAAAGAAAAAGCAACGUCUUCCUUUCUUUCCCCGAGAAAAAAUACAUUAUACUUAAAAGAAAAAAAGUCUUCUUGCCUAUGUAUGAAAGGUAUCAGUAACGAGUCACUUAUUAAAUGUUGAAGGAAACAUUGUGGAACAAAGGUGUUACCAAGCAGUGAGCUUUACACCGUCAUGCAUGGCCUCACCCACACCUCCUGUAUCUGGCCUUGUUUCUGUAUAUCAAGAUGCCGUUAAU